AAAAUUUUUUUUUUGUUUUGUUUUUUUUUUGUUUUUUUAUUUUUUUAAAAAUAAAAAUUUAAAUUACGUAAUAUUUAUUUCUGGUGAAUUUUACCUGUGGUGAAUUUUACCCCUGGUGAAUUCACCCCUGGUGAGCGUUAAGAUCAUCCUCUUUUUUAACUUUCGCUCAAUUUUAUAAAAAAAUGGACUUUUCAAAAAUAUUAAUGGAUAAUCAAAAUCUACUUGAAGCUUAAAAUUUUUGGUGGUGAACAUAGUACGAUUGUACGAAUGAAUCUUUGGAAUGAAUCUUUGUAUUAUUAGUAGAUUCUAGUAUUUUAUUCCCAAUUAAUAAUUUUUGAGAUUUUUGCAAAGCACUUCUUUCAAGAGUAUUUAAAUACCACAAUUACAUUUAAAAUGUCUCGACGACAAUCCCCUCUUGUACAUCGCAACAUUGUUAUGAUGGAUGUAAAAAUUGAAAUGGUGAAAGGGAGUGAUGAUGAAAUUACAGUUAAAGAAAAAGGAAAUACAAAAUUUUGUAUUAGUUUGAGAAAUGUAAACUCAAUUAAUGAAUUAAUUAAAGAAUUUGAAGAUAUUGUUGCUAGUGAAUCAAAUUUGACUAUAAAUGAAUCUAUUGUGGCCUUAAAACAUUUUUCUAUAGGAAAUUAUUUUAACUUUCGUGAUGUUACAAACGAUUUGGUUAUCAAUAAUGGCAGCAUACGAAAUAAUGAAGAAAUAAAAGAUGGUGAAUUAAUUUUUGCUGAACUGGAUACUUAUUUAGAUGAAGCUAAAAAAAAUAGUUAUAGAACAACACCAAGCAAAAAAUUAGCGCUGGGCCAAUUAAGUAGUUAA